GGUGGUGGGAGGUGGUGCUGGCUGCUCAUGGUUUUUCAGCACCGCGGACAGCUCCCGUCUCUUGUCUCUGGACUGCAGGGAAGCAAAGCUGAAACACAGCUGGGUGGUAGGGGGAAAAAAAGACUUACAACUAUCCAUAGAUUGACCUCUAGUUCACUCCACCAUCGCACAGUGUCUUAGUUGUUCUCCUUCUUCUUCUCCUGAUGGCUCAGUUGUCUCUUUUAUCGGCCUGAUUGUGGAGUCUAACCGCUUUUAACUGCAUUGCCUCUGCGUCUUCAGCCUGUUUCCUCCUCCUUCUCUUCCUGUUACGGGCAACCACAGCGCUGUGAAAGUGCUUUUUUUGGGGGAGUGAAGGGGUGGUGGUGGGGGGGGGGAGUGGGUCGACCUGCUCGAAGUCCUUUUGAUCUGUCUACUUCUGUAUGAACAUCGCUCUUCAGCUCCCUGAUGUUGACGUGUGGGGUUUCUCUCCAAGCCAGGGAGUGGACGUUACUUUAGGAUGCAAAAAAUGAAGCUGAAGUUGAGUAGUCUCACUUCCGUCGAUGCAUUCUCAGAUAUGAGAUAGGCGACCUGGCAUGUCCAACAUUGGCUGUAAUCCUCAGAUCACAGUGGCUCAGACGCAUUAAUUUUUUUGUGGACGACAGCCAGCGAGCAAAAUGAGGUAGCCUACCUCUAUGACUUUUUAAAUUGCACGCAAGAGAGAGAAACACAGAGUGGGUAUUUGUGCUGCAGGAAGCGACGUUUUCUUUCUCCAGCUGCCCAAACCAGUUGAGAUCUUGCAUCUGAGAGGGGACAGGGAACUCUGGGAAAACAAAAAACAAAAAGAAGAACGGUUCAGCCUAUUUAUCUCUACCAUCAAUAUCACCAAGCACGGUAGAAAAUGAAGAAGUUUCGAAAGGUGUUGGACGGCUUGACCACCUCCUCUCCGGGAGGAACUAUCGGAUCCCCAUCGGGCGGCAGCGCGGCCGGGACUCCCACCGCGACACCAACUCCCAAGGAAAUCGACAUCCAGGAGACGCUCGUUUCGGAAAACUUUCAGCUGUGUAAGACGGUGCGUCAUGGUUUCCCUUAUCAGCCCACUGCUUUGGCCUUUGACCCUGUGCAGAAGAUCCUGGCCAUUGGCUCCAGGACAGGAGGUGUACGGAUACUGGGACGACCCGGGGUAGACUGCUACUGUCAGCAUGAGAGCGGAGCAGCGGUUCUUCAACUGCAGUUCCUCAUCAAUGAGGGGGCGCUGGUCACAGCCUGUGCAGAUGACACGCUUCACUUGUGGAAUCUCCGUCAGAGGCGGCCAGCUGUCCUCCAUUCACUCAAAUUCAACAGAGAGAGGAUCACGUUUUGCCACCUUCCCUUUCAGAGUAAAUGGCUGUACGUGGGGACAGAGCGCGGAAACACACACAUCGUCAACAUUGAGUCCUUCAUUUUGUCUGGAUACGUCAUCAUGUGGAACAAGGCCAUAGAACUAUCAACUAAAACUCAUCCAGGACCUGUGGUUCAUUUAAGUGACAGCCCAAAGGAUGAAGGCAAGCUGCUUAUAGGGUUUGAGAGCGGGACGAUCGUACAAUGGGACCUCCGGCUUAAGAAGGCCGACUUCAGAAUCUACUACGAUGAGGCCAUCCAUUCAGUCAGCUGGCAUCAUGAAGGGAAGCAGUUCAUGUGCAGUCACUCAGACGGCAGCCUAUCGAUGUGGAACCUCAGAAACACCACCAAGCCAUUCCAGGUCACCUUCCCUCAUGGAAAGAUACAGAAGGAUGGGAGAAAGGAGUCAUGUAAACCCAUACUUAAAGUGGAGUACAAGACCUCAAGGAACAGCGAGCCUUUUUUUAUCUUCUCUGGCGGUCUUUCAUAUGACAAGGCAGGGCGGCGGCCUACGUUAACCAUCAUGCACGGCAAGGCCAUCACUGUGCUGGAGAUGGACUAUCCUAUUGUAGAGUUCAUGGCACUCUGCGAGACUCCUUACAACAACGAGGUCCAGGAGCCUUACGCAGUGGUGGUGCUUUUGGAGAAGGACUUAAUCGUGGUGGAUCUGACACAGAGCAACUUCCCUGUCUUUGAGAAUCCUUACCCCAUGGACAUCCAUGAGUCUCCAGUUACCUGCACAGCCUAUUUUGCAGACUGUCCGCCCGACAUUAUCCCCAUCCUCUACUCGAUAGGAGUUAAACACAAGAAGACCGGCUACAGCCAAAAGGAGUGGCCAGUCGGGGGAGGAACAUGGACGUUAGGCUCCCACACUUACCCAGAGAUCAUUAUCACAGGACAUGCUGACGGAUCAAUUAAGUUUUGGGACGCAUCAGCAAUCACACUACAGAUGUUGUACAAGCUGAAGACCUCCAAAGCGUUUGAGAAGCCAAAGCCAAGUGAGGGCAGGGCGGCCGAUUUGGUGGAGGAUGACCCCUUUGCUAUUCAGAUGGUCAGCUGGUGCCCCCAGAGUCGCAUCUUCUGUGUGGUUGGCAUCUCAGCCCACAUCAUCCUGUAUCGCUUCAGCAAAUAUGAUGCCAACACUCAGAUAGUGUCACUAGAGGUGCGCUUACAGUGUGAGGCGGAGGAUGUCAUCUCUCCAUCCGAGAAUGAAAACAAUCCCUGCUUCACAGAGUCCGGCUCCCACUCACCACAACCCCACCACCAACACGCAGCUAGCCCCGGCAGUGGGACAACUGAGGGUAACAAAGACAGCAAUCCCUGCCUUAAGGUGAAGGACAGGAUGGUUCGGGUCCCUCCUGGCUACCAAGCAGAGCUGGUUGUCCAGCUGCUGUGGGCAGAUGGAGAACCUCCACAACAAAUCACCAGCCUGGACAUCAACUCUGCCUAUGGCCUUUUGGCGUUUGGGAACUGCAAUGGCCUAGCAGUGGUGGAUUACUUGCAGAAAACAAUCCUUUUGUGUAUGUCGACACUGGAUCUGUACGGAGCCGCAGACCCAUACCAGCGCCUUACCCGCUCCCCACGUAGGAACAGACAGUCCACCUCAGAGUUUUGCAUGCGCGGCCUGUCUAACUUAUAUUCAGAUUCAAAGAAAAGGAUCCGUACAUCCUAUCAGAGCCUUACUGAACUCUCUGACAACCAGCAGUCCAUUGACAUGGAUAGAAGCAAGUCGCCCACCUCAGUUCAUUACUCAACCUCCCUUCACAAUGACCCACGCGUCCUGCCAGAGCCUGUGGUCAGUCUGAGAGCCAGCCACUGCAGUCCAGUCUUUUACUUGCUGGAUAAUGUAAAGGGACCCGGCAGAAAGUUAAGUCUGCCGACAGAUCUUAAGACUGAUCUUGAUCAUGUCAAUGGACAUUGCACUAGUCCCGCCUCCCAGUCGUGCUCGGCAGGGAAGCCUCGUGUCCCGAUGGGUCCCGAGGGGCCACGGCUUACCCGCAGAGGCCCUGGCCGACCGCCCUUCCGCAAGGCCCAGUCCGCUGCUUGCAUGGAGAUCUCUUUGCCUGUGUCCCACACUGAAGGUUAUGCAUCCAGGAGGGCAAUGCUUCACCAGUUACACGGAGUCGCUAUGUACUCCCAUGACGAGCACCACACCACUGCCCCCUACUGCUGGAGUGAGAGAGCUGCUGCCACAGAGAGUCGUGAAAACUCCUUCAGCCGUUCCCGCAGUUCCAGUGUGUCCAGCAUCGACCGCGACACCAAAGAGGCUAUCACCACACUGCAGUUCGGAGAGUCCUAUGCGCGCAAGAGUGACACCCUGCCCACCCCAUGUCUGUGGGUGGGAACCAGCUUAGGCGUGGUCCUGCUCAUCCCAAUGUCCAUUCCCACCGAUCACGAGGAGAGGAUGGAGGAACCUGUGACCAUCGGCCCCAGCGGCACAGUCCUGAUGCUGAAGGGCUCAGUGUUGCGCAUUAGCUUCCUGGACUUCAUGGGAGCGCUCAUUCAGAGCCCCUAUGAGGUUUGGCGGGACCUCAACGCCCAUGAAGACCCUGACCGAAUGCGGAGGCGCAAGCUGGUCCACAUUUCACCAUCAUCCUCCCAUGACACCUGCGGAGAGGGACAUCUGGCGGUGGUGUGCUCCGAGAAGCAGGCCAAAGUAUUCUUGAUGCCCUCGCAGUCUUGCCUCUUUGUCCACAACAUCACCGAGUCAUCCUUUGUACUGAGAGCCGACGUGGUAUCUGUGUGCAACAGUGUGUGCCUGGCCUGCUUCUGUGCCAACGGGCACGUCAUGACACUCAGUUUGCCAAGUCUAAGACCGCUCUUGGAUGUCAAUUACUUGCCUCUUGCAGACAUGCGCAUUGCAAGAACCUUUUGCUUCACCCACAGGGGGCAGGCAUUAUACCUCAGCUCCCCGACAGAGAUCCAGAGAAUUACAUACAGCCAGGAGAUGUGUGACAACCUGCAGGAAAUGCUGGGGGAGCUGUUUACACCAAUAGAAACACCAGAAGCCCAGAACAGAGGCUUUCUAAAGGGCUUCUUUGGAGGAAAUUCUCAUAACUUCGACAGAGAGGAGCUCUUUGGUGAGGCAGCAGCUGGGAAGGGUUCUCGGAGUCUGGCCCAGCACAUCCCUGGGCAGGCGGGGAUGGAGGGCAUGAAGGUGGCAGCUUGUGGAGUGGUGGGGGAUCUGGCACGGGCCCGCAUUGCUCUGGAUGAGAGAGGCCAAAGGCUGGGGGAGCUGGAGGAGCGAACCGCCCUAAUGAUGACCAGUGCAGAAACUUUCUCCAAACACGCUCAUGAGGUGAUGCUAAAGUGCAAGGACAAGAAGUGGUACCAGUUGUAAUAGCAGGAAAGAGAGCUGAGGCUGCCCUUGGACUGCUGGGAGAGUUAUGCCGGGACAGGGACUUUCACUCUACAAAUAAGAGCAAUGAAAGAAAGACUUGAGAGUGAUUUUGUCUUCACGGCUUCUGGACUGGCUACGGCACUGUCACAUUGUUAAAGGACGAGCAGGUGUUAGUUCCUUGUCUAGACAUGCAGUGAUGAGGACAGAAAGAGAAUGGCAAAUGGCGGCAUUUGGAGGACUGAAGAUGGAACUGGAAAUAUCCAACAUGUCUGUCUGUGAGUGUGUAUGUGGUGUAUGUGGUCAGGUUUUCUGGACCUCUCUGUGUAGAUACUCAAAAGUUAAGAAACCAACAAGAAUUGCAUGAAACAAACAUGGAUGACUAUUAAAAAUAUCCAACUGCCAUAUUAUAAAGCAGCAUGCUACUUUAACAGGAGAUACAAAAAUAAAAGUUUUAUUUAAUGGUGUAAGCCAACAACAGAAACUAUGAAAAACUUUAUAUUUUUUGAAAUAUUGACAAAAAGCUAUAUAUAUAUAUAUAUA